UUCAUGAAGCGGCUGUGGUGGAGGUGGUGGCUGUGGUAGAGGUUGUGUUGUAACUCCUGUAAUAUUUUUCAACUAUUUCACCAUGAAGUCCAAGACGAGAAUAGUUCAGAUCUCUAACAUAGCUCCUCAGGCUACCAAGGAUCAAAUGUCUACACUUUUUGGGUUCCUGGGCAAGAUAGAAGACAUCAGACUCUACCCCACUAUUCGUGAUGUUGCCAUACCAGUCCAGUCUCGCAUUUGUUUUCUCAAGUUUCAUGACCGGGAGUCUGUCACAGUGGCUCAGCACCUCACCAACACAGUGUUUAUUGAUCGAGCCCUCAUAAUAAUUCCUUUCACUUUGGGUGACAUGCCAGAUGAACAACGAGCUAUGGAGAUUCUUGGAACAGGUGGAACAAUACCUGGUAUAGGACAAGAAGCCAAGUGGCCUACACAUGUUACUAAUCAGAUUGAUGGAAUCAUUCUACGAACUAUUGAUCCUAAUCUGGCAGAGAGUGAUCUUCCAGAUUAUCCACCACUGCCAGCAACAACAGAGUCUCAAAAGAUAAAUGAAAUCCGACGUACUGUUGUAUUUGAUAAUCUUGACCCAAGUAUAACUUCUGAGCAGAUAAUGGAAAUAGCAGCCAAGGCUGGUGAGGUUCGAUACCUUCGCUUAGGAGUUGAACUUGAUGGCACAAAGAAUGCACUUGUUGAAUAUUCUGAGCAGCCUUCCAUAAUUCAAGCUCUCAAGAUGCAUCACCAAGACCAUAUGGGACGACCAAUUAAGGUUAAUCACUCCAAUGUGGCAAUUAUCAAACCACAGACCAAAAGUAAUGAGGCUGCACAGCGGGAAAUUGAGGAAGCGAUGAGGCGGGUGAAAGAAGCACAGAACUUCAUAGCAUCAGCAAUAGAUCCUGUCAUGUCAUUUCUGGACUCAUCAAAGGAGAAGAGAUCCAGGUCAAGGUCACGGAGCCGAUCCCGAUCACGACGCCGCACUAGGUCACGAUCCCGACGUUCCAGGUCCCACAGAAGAUCCCGUUCUCGCUCCCGUCAUAGAUCCCGAUCAAGGUCACGGUCCAGAGACCGUCACCGACGAUCGCGUAGUCAUUCUCGGAGGAAGAGAUCACCUUCAAAAUCACGAAAAAGGUCUAGGUCAAGGUCACAUUCCCGAAGAAAAUCACGAUCUAAGUCCCGUUCAAAGCGAUCUCGAUCAAAGUCGAAGACUAAAUCUAGUUCAUCAUCAUCACGGAAAGAGAAGAGCAGCAGCAGUAGCAGCAGUAAGAGUAAAGAUAAAGAUAAGGACAAAGAGAAAACCAAGGAUAAAGACAAAGAGAAGAAAGAGGAGAAAAAAUUGGAAACCAUCAAAGUGGAGGACAAGGGCAUAGGCAAAGAAGAGGAGAGCAAGAAGGAAGAUUUAAAACCUGAGGAAACAAAGGAAAAGGAAAAAGAAAAGGAGUCAGAGAAGAAAAAAGAGGUCAGUAAGUCUCGUCGUUCUCGGUCUCGUAGUCGCUCCCGUGACCGUAAGAAUCACCGAACGCGGUCUCGGUCUCGUAGCAAGAAACCGUCACGAUCACGUUCUCGCUCACGAAGUCGCACAAAAUCAAAGAGAUCACACAGGUCAACAAGAUCCAGGUCACGUUCACGACGCAGAUCUCGUAGCAAGUCACGAUCCCACAGGGACCGCUCCAGAGACCAUCACGGCCGCUCACAUGAACGAUCCAGACGACGGUCAAGGUCUUCUUCAAGAUCAAAGCCGGGGAAAGCCAAAGACAAGGAAUCUAGCAAAAAGAAAGAGUCACGCCGUGAUCGAAGCCGUAGUCGUGAUAAUAAAGACAAAGAUAAAGAAAAGGAUAAACUGAAGGAGAAGGAGAAGAAGGAUAAGAAGAAAGAAAAGAAAGAAAAAGAGGAGAAGAAGAAGGAUUUAAAGGUUUCCCGAGAUUAUGAUGAAGAAGAGCAGUUGGGCUGUGAUGGUGAGGAUGACAAAGGAAAAAAGAAGGAAAAAGAGGAGGAAGACACGAAGGAUAAAGGAGAGGCAGUUGACAUGGACAUUUCUGAUUCACCAUGAUUGCACAGUUCAUCUGAUAAGUAUAUAUACAGUACCUCUGUACUGUACCAGGGAGUUAUAAAAAUGGUGUGAAUAUGAACAGCUUUCUAAGGAGUCAGUUUUUAAUAUUGUGGGAAGUAAGUUUAUGAUUUUUCAGUUUUCUAAUAUGCUAAGAAAUUAAAAGAAAUUUUUUUUAUAUAAUGAAAUUAACAGUAGAUGUUAGGUUGGAUGAAUUGAUCUUAGGUACAAUAAGUUGCAGAUUUGUGUUAGGUAUUGAAAAUACUGCAUAUCAUUGUCUUGGCUAUCUGCACAAGUUACAGUUCCUUCUUUAAAUGAAUGGUACUACACUGCCACCUCACUUUAUGUGGGGGUUUUAUUCCCAGAAAACACCGUGUAGAGCAAACCUAUUAUCACGUGGGGAAUUAGGGGAUGCAUCGGGUGGACCCCAAAAAGUGCCCCACCUCCCUCCCCCCACACCAAAAACUUUUCAAAAACAAUGUUCAAAGACAUUGUACAGCUGUAAAGUAGCUCAAUUAUACACAUGCAUCUACCAAGUUCACUUAAAAUUGAUGUUUUAGAGGCACUGGCAUGUCAUUUACAUGAGUUCCCGAAAGUUUAACACUGCCAUUUGUAGAGGCUGGCUGAAUCAUGCGUGGCCUCCCUCAAGCCUCACCAUAGCAACCUGGCCAGGUUGGGACACCCCAACCCUUAGCAACGUUCCCCCUCUCGCUGGCUCACAAAGAAAUGUUUAUUCAUUAUAUGUUUUUCACCUAAUGAUAUAUUUUUUAUUUAUUUAUUUAUUUAUAUUUUUUGCACAUUCUGUAUGUAGAAUUGUGUGUGCGUGUAACUGAAUAAAAAAUAUGAAAAAAGUUGUUAUCUACCCGAAAUUACGGCUCAAAUCUUCUCGGCAUUCCUCUUGAUUGACUCGUUCACGGAGAAACCACUCCAACAGAGUCGUUGAAAAAUGUCUCACUUAAUUUCCAAGGUAAAUGUGGUCCUAUUCUUAUUUGCUGAAGUGUCCAAAGGCAAGGGGCCACUUAGAGAAUGUUUAGGUGGAGCCAUGGUGAUGAAAGCAAGCGAAAAAAUGAAGUUUAUCCAACUGAAGUUUUUGGUUGUGGCCAGACCAGUACUAGCUAAACUCUGAGCUGACAUGGCAUGGGGAUGCUAUCUCUGGACUGUAAUGGACUCGAGGCCACAAAAUUUUUCUGCCUGACUGUGUUCAGCCAAAUUUUCCUGUGUUAGCCUGGCUCAACCUACAUUUGAGCAAAUCUAAGCCCAUGUUAAGCAAUACUGCAUAGUAAUAAAAAAAUCGAUGUUUGAGCAAAUCUAUGCUGAACAAACCCACAUUAAGUGAGGGGGCAGUGUAUGUGUAUGUUGCUAAAUGAAAAAUUUAUUAAUAAGAUCAGUGUUGUAAGUCUUAGGCAUAGCACAGUGGUUCCUUAAAUAAAUUGCUACUCAGACUUAACAGUUACAUUUUUUUUAAAUAUGAACCAAAAUUAUGCUCAUCUAGAGGUCCAAGGAAGUGAAUUCAAGUGCUUGAAUUUAUACAGAAUAAUAAGCAGGCAUGUCUAAUUUCAUCAGUUCUGUAAUAAAGUAAAACACAAAAACAUAGAGUACUGUAAUUAUUCACUCAUGUAAAAGUGGAAAAUUUAACUCUAUUCAUCAAAGUUGGGUAGAUGAGCAUUGGGUGUAUUGCCUCUAACAGUAAAGUCUGUUUGUAUA